ACUUCAAAACUCUUAAGAACUUCCUCUUAACAAUUGUCUUUCUGCUUACAAAAUAAUGUAUAAUGGCCACUUAAUGUCGCUCCCUCUCAGCUUUACGAAAGCAUUUGAAGCGUAUCAGGAGACAUUCUUAAAUUACCCGAGUAAGGCUCCGCUUGUUUUAAAAUAAAAGGAAUAAUGAAAAGCGAAUAUAUGAGGGAGAAAUUGUCUUUCCUAACUCCUUAUCUGCCGUAUGGCAUUCUAGAAUCUUGGGAGGAUCUUAAUCCACGACUUUAUCAUGCGGUGCACAUAUAUUGGCUAAAAUUCUACGGGUUAUGGUACAAUACGCAUCCGAAAACCAGUUUACUCUUCUGGGCGCACAUAGUUUACGCAAUAGUGGUGCUUUGGCUCGUGUGUUUUCUACCCGGCAUUGGCGAGGUCUUCUAUUUACUCAAACGACGAGAUAACAUUGGAGAUAUCGCUGAAGGAUUGUAUUUGUUCUUAAGUGAAAUGUAUACGUACAUAAAACUGUCAGCGUUUUGGUUGAAAAGGAAGGAAAUAAUGGCGCUCCUUGAGUACCUUCAUCGAGAUGAGUUCAAAGUCAAGGAGCCGGAGCAUAGGGAAAUCCUGCGGAAAAGUAUUAAGAGCGCCCGCUUCGUGAUGACUUAUUAUUCAAGCAUGUGUGUGGGCGCAGUGAGCGUGGCAAUACUGAUGCCUCUCACCGAACAGUUCGAAGUACUGCCCACGAACGUUGAAUAUCCAUAUUUUGAUGCGUAUAAAUCACCAGCCUACGGAAUCAUUUACAUACACCACAUAUAUUACAAGCCAGCAACGUGCAUUAUUGACGGCGUAAUGGAUACCAUAUUGGCGGCUUUCAUCGCCUCAGCCAUUGGUCAAAUAGACGUCCUAGCCUUCAACCUCAGAAACUUCAACCUACUUGCGGAGCGACGACGCAAGAUGCUGCCGUUCCAAGGAGUGAACAACAAGAGUACAAAGCACAUGCCUUUUGCGGACCACGAAGAGUCGACUCGGCAGUGCGUCCGCGCCAUGUUUAAAGACAUCAUUAAGCACCAUAACAGCAUUAUAAAAUACGUUUCGCUGAUCGAGAGCGCGUUCAGCCUGGCCUCGGCCCUGCAAUUAAUGCUGAGUGCGAUGGUGCUCUGUUUGAUCGGGAUACAAUUCCUUUCGAUUGAAGAGCCUAGCAGUCACCCCAUACAAAUCGCCUGGAUGGCAAUUUAUCUCACCUGUAUGCUCAUCGAAGUUUUCAUUAUCUGCUGGUUCGGAGAUGAACUCAUUUGGAAGAGCUGGGAGCUUCACCAAGCAGCAUUCGACUCCCCUUGGCCCUCAACUGACCCCAAAACCGCCGUGUUCGUCGUCAUCUUCAUGGAGCGAUGCAAGCGGCCCCUGUGCGUCACCGCCGGCAAAAUAUUCACACUUUCGCUGGACACUUACACUAAUCUUAUCAAUUGGUCCUACAAAGCAUUUGCAGUCAUGAGGAAAAUGAAGAAAUAA